AUGGUGGUACUGCUGUUUGUGGAGGUGGUGGUGACACUGAUGUUGAUGGCACUGCUGCUGCUACCAGUUGUCCAGCUGCUUGUGAAAGUGGUGACACUGAUGUUGACAGUGCUACUGCUGCUGCUACCAGUUGUCCAGCUGCUUGUGAAGGUGGUGACACUGAUGUUGAUGGCACUGCUGCUGCUACCAGUUGUCCAGCUGCUUGUGAAAGUGGUGACACUGAUGUUGACAGUGCUACUGCUGCUGCUACCAGUUGUCCAGCUGCUUGUGAAGGUGGUGACACUGAUGUUGAUGGCACUGCUGCUGCUACCAGUUGUCCAGCUGCUUGUGAAAGUGGUGACACUGAUGUUGACAGUGCUACUGCUGCUGCUACCAGUUGUCCAGCUGCUUGUGAAGGUGGUGACACUGAUGUUGAUGGCACUGCUGCUGCUACCAGUUGUCCAGCUGCUUGUGAAAGUGGUGACACUGAUGUUGACAGUGCUACUGCUGCUGCUACCAGUUGUCCAGCUGCUUGUGAAGGUGGUGACACUGAUGUUGAUGGCACUGCUGCUGCUACCAGUUGUCCAGCUGCUUGUGAAGGUGGUACACUGA